UUUCAGAGCCAUCGGGCUGCUGCUGCUGCAUUCAACGUUAACCAACGCAGGCUCUCUGAACGCGCUAGCAAUACUCCAUUUCAACUCAACGUACGCGCAAACUGCCAGAAGCUUACUGCAACUAAAGAGCAGACAAUUCCAGGCGAUCGGGAGUGGGUUACAGUUAUACAGAGCAUCUGCGCUGCUGGAUAUGCGACCCCGCCUUUCAUCAUCUACAAAGGACGCAUCCACAUCUCUGCCUGGUACGAGGAGACGGAUAUACCACACAAUUGGAAGCUCUCUGUCUCUGAGAACAGCUGGACAAACAACGCGCUUAGCCUUGAGUGGUUGAAGCAUUUUGACGCGCAUACAAGAGCGCGUCAGGUAGGGGGAUACAGGCUACUCAUCUUGGACGGCCAUGAGAGCCACCUUAACCAGGAUUUUAAGGACUAUUGCCUAGAUAACAAGAUCCUUACUCUCUCUAUGCCAGCUUACUUGUCACACAUCCUCCAGCUGCUUGACGUGGUCUGUUUCUCGCCGUUAAAGCGCAAGUACUCCUAACGCGUCUAGGACUUAGCACGCCAACGCGUCUUCUACAUUAACAAGGAAGGCUUCCUUCCAGCCUUUAGAGACGCGUUUCUUAACGUGUUUACAAAGGCCAACUAUUAGAAGGCCUUUAAGGCAUCAGGGCUAGUCCCUACUAACGCGCAGGUAGUGUUAGAUUGCCUUGAGGUGCGACACUGUACCCUACCAGCACCCCCUCUACUAGAGACACUGUG